UGCCGUGGAAUCAGUCGUUUGCGGGUAAUCGAGCGAAAUGGUUGAACGAUUCGGCUUGGCUUCACGAACGCAACAAAAGCCAAUAGCAAUAAAAACACACUAAAUAUACUUGUAAAUAUUGCUAAAAUUAUAGUCUAUGGAAAGUUGUAUGAAUUCUUAAACGCAAAAAUAGUGAAACGCGAAAACAAAGUAAAACGCAUAAUCAAAAUUAAGUGAGUGCAUGUAAAAACCGAAAGCAGAGGCUUGUGUAUGCAUAUUGCUUGAAUAUGGUUGCGAAUUCAUAAGCCAACACGAAGGAUAACAGCCAUAUAGUACGAAGUACUGUUAUAUACAUAUAAGCGAGUGAACUAAAAAAGCGCAGUUGUAAUAAAUCACCCGUUCGAUAAAUCAAAAAUAACAGCGCUCUCCUGAUACCGAACAGUGAUUAAGAUAAUUAGCAACAAAUGAGCGCAGCUGUGAAAGUUCCAAAUAAUUAGAACCAAAACAAAUCUCGCUUUGGAGUGAAAUAUUGUGCAAGAGACGCCGUAGGAUAACUUUAGCCAACCGGCUCUGGCAGAACACAGCUACAAGACGCCGCAAUGCCAGACACAAAUAAAUUACUGAAUAACGGUUAUCUGCGCACACCGCACAUCUUCGGCCUAAGCACCGGCAGCAGCAUGGAUGACAGCGGUGCCACGGCGGCCAACUCGCCACUGUUGGAGGACAGCAGCGGCGUCGCCACAACAGCACUGUCGGACGACAAACUAUUGAGCCUGCAGCAGAAUAGUCGAAACCUGAACAACAGUGCCGCGAACAACGGACCGCACGUCAAAUUGCCCAUGGUCGUCUACUUAGGUAGUGACAGCGGUGGCGGUCGCGACGUUGGUGGUACAAAUAUGGGCGCAAGUUUAGGCGGCGGCAUCGGCAGUGGCGCAGCACGCACAGCGCUACAGCGCAACGUACCCUCGCCCUAUCAGAGCACCACAGCACCGAUGCAUCUCAGCCACCGCAACCAUCCCCACCAGCACAGCGACUGGUUGACCAAGGAGCCAACGCAGCGGCGGCGUUUGCUUAUUUUGGCUGCGGCCUUCACGGUGCUUGGCGCUGCGAUCGGCGCCUUGGCGAUCUACUUUGCGAGCAGUAAUCGUUGUCAUUCGUUGCCCAUGGCAGGCACGGCGGUGAGCGUCAGUAGCAGUAGUAAGGACACGGAACCUAAAGAUGUGAAGUUUCCUCAACGAAAUAUUUGCUUAACGGAGGAUUGUGUACGGACAGCUGCUUCUUUACUUUCGGCCAUGGACACGUCGGCGGACCCUUGUACGAACUUUUUUCAAUACGCAUGUGGUACGUGGAAUAAGAUACAUAUCAUACCCGAAGAUCGCAGUUCGAUAAGCACAUUCGAGGUUUUGUCCGACGAACAGCAAGUGGUGUUGAAGGGCGUACUAGAGGAGUCCAUUAAGGUCGACGACAACAAAGCCACCAUCAAAGCCAAACAGUUUUAUAAGAGUUGUAUGGAUUUACCUCAGAUUCGCAAAAUUGGCGAGGGUCGCUUAAAGGAGGUGCUCCAGUCGCUUGGCGGUUGGCCAGUGAUCACACCGAACUGGCAGCCGCCCAAUAUGACCAUCGAGCAAUUAAUGGGACUUAUACGUGGUAAUUAUAGUGAACCGGUGCUAGUCGAGCUAUACGUGGGCGCCGACGAUAAGAACUCUUCCGCUAACAUCUUACAAAUCGAUCAACUACAGCUGGCGCUGCCAUCACGCGAUUACUACCUGAAACCGAGCAGUGAAAAUGAUUUGAAGGCCUACCAUAAGUAUAUGACGCAAACCGCAAUACUACUGGGUGCUGAUCCCGUGACUGCAACGCAAGAGCUAGACGACGUGUUGCAAUUUGAAAUUAAACUGGUGAACGCUUCACUGCCCGAAGCGGAUCGACACGACACGAGCGCCAUCUACACGAAACUCACUUUGCCUGAGUUGCAAGCUCAAGUGCCGCAACUGAAUUGGACAGUUUUUCUAAAAACCGUACUAGGACCCGAUAUCGAAUUGUUGCCGGAUGAGGUGCUGGUCAGUUACGCCAUGCCAUACCUCGUGGAAAUGGGUAAGAUUCUAGAGAAUGCCGAUCGCCGCGUGGUACACAACUACGUCAUUUGGCGUUUGGUGAUGUCCAUAAUGGCACACAUGAUCGACGAAUAUCAACGCGAACGCAUUGAGUUCCGCAAAAUAUUGCUGGGCGUACAAUCGGAGCGCAUGCGUUGGUCUCAGUGCGUUGAAUGGACAAAUAAGAAGCUAGGCUUGGCGGUGGGAGCGCUCUUCAUACGGGACAACUUCAAUCAGGAGAGUAAAGAUACGGCGCUUGAAAUGAUACACACACUGAGGGAGGCAUUCAAUGAGUUACUAACGGAAAAUCACUGGAUGGACGACGAGACGCGGGCGGUGGCUAGAGAGAAGGCGAACGCUAUGAACGAACGCAUCGGAUAUCCGGAAAUUCUCAACAAUGCAACGGAGCUGGAGAAAGAGUACGAAAAUCUCACAAUCGUGCCCGAUAAUUUCAUGGAGAAUGUGCUUAACAUACUGAAAUGGGAUUCGGACAAAAAUUUACAGCUGUUGCAUCAGCCCGUCGAUAAAGAGAAAUGGACGACGGAACCGGCUGUGGUAAAUGCCUUCUACAACCCGAACAAAAACGAUAUCGUCUUCCCGGCAGGGAUAUUUCAACCACUAUUUUAUAGCAACAAUUAUCCGAAAUCGGUUAACUACGGCGGAAUCGGUGUCGUGAUCGGACAUGAAAUAACCCAUGGCUUCGACGAUAAAGGACGACAGUUCGACAAGGACGGCAACAUGAUGCAAUGGUGGAACAAUGCCACCAUCGAAGCUUUCCGCGAACGCACGCAAUGCAUCAUCGAUCAGUACUCCCGUUAUAAGAUUGAGGAGGUGGGCAUGUAUGUGAACGGUCGCAUGACGCAAGGUGAAAACAUAGCGGAUAAUGGUGGACUUAAGCAGGCUUUUCGGGCCUAUAAAAAGUGGGUUAAGCGGCAUGGACCCGAACCGGAAUUACCAGGUCUAAAUCUCACGCACGACCAACUAUUCUUCUUGAACUACGCACAAAUCUGGUGCGGCUCUAUGCGUCCCGAAGACGCCGUCACGAAGAUACGCUCUUCGGUGCACUCACCCGGUUUCAUACGCGUACUCGCGCCACUCUCGAACUCAAAAGACUUUGCCGAAGCGUACAAAUGCAAACUCGGCUCGCCGAUGAAUCCUGUAGAAAAGUGUAGCGUGUGGUAGAAAGUUCGCUAUGUAGUACAUAUACGUGCUAACAAACUAACUUUAUUAAAUAUAUAUAUAUACAUACAUAUAUGUAUAUACAUAUGUAAUUUAUAUAAGCAUAAAAAAGCUAUUAAAUCAGAAUGUAUACAAUAAAUUUGAUUGGGUAGCACAGUGUAAUAAUGCCAAGGCAUAUAAAUAUUCAAAGCAGUUUGCUUAAAGAAUAGAAUUAGUAUCUAAUGAUUUUAUUUUUUUAUAAAUGUUUUAAAGCAUUAUUGAACUUCGUAUAUAUACGAGGAUUAAAUAAACAAAGAGAAUGUUAAUUUGAGUGAGUAAAAUUAACAUGAAUUAGGUAAAUAUCGUACGUCAGCACACACAUACGCACACACACACACACAUAUAACAAGCUAAGAUAUAAAUAUAACAAACCCUCAUUUGCGAAUUUGUAUAACGCAAAUACAAACACACAUACAUUGCUCUAACCAUUCAUACAUACAUACAUUUGGUAUGUGUGCCUACAAGUGUACAUACAUACAAUUAAAUACGGCACAAUUCAAUACAAAAAUUAAGAUACAUAUAAUUAUGAAGUCGUGCACAGCGCAGAUAAAAAAAGGAAAAACAACAACAAACCUAUACAUGUAUAUGUGUAAAGAUAAAAAUGCAUUCACACACACAAAAACUAUGUACUUAGUAUAUUGAUAACAAACACUGAAGAAUAAAAAAUGAAACAAUAUCGUAAUUUCACAAACGUAA